AUGGCUGGAGCAACACGCUCCCAGGCCCCUCAAGGCUUGCGGAGGUGCAUGGUACGCCCGCGCCAAACCACCAGAGCCUCCGUUCUCACGGAGCGAUCAGAGUCCCCUACCGCCCCUCUAAAGCCGACAAAUGCCAAUACCUCCCGGGUGUUGCGAUCGCCCAGUGUGCAACCAUCUUGUGGGCUGAAGCGAAAGGAAAGGGAGUUUGAGCCUCAACCGGUCGAGAGGACAAAUAUCCAUGUUGUUGUGCGGUGUCGCGGUAGAAAUGAUCGAGAAGUAAAGGAGAACAGUGGGGUGGUCGUGUCAACGAAGGGUGUUAAGGGGACAAAUCUCGAAUUGUCCAUGGGCCCAAAUGCAAUGGGAAACAAAGAAUAUCAUUUUGAUAAGGUGUUUUCGCCAGCUGCAGAUCAAGUGGUAAUUUACGAGGAUGUCGUGUCUCCGAUUCUAAACGAGAUGCUUUCCGGAUUUAACUGUACAAUAUUUGCUUAUGGCCAAACUGGAACAGGUAAAACCUAUACGAUGUCUGGUGAUAUGGAGGAUUCUCUUGGUCUACUGUCGGACGCUGCUGGAAUUAUUCCGCGCGUGCUCUAUUCUCUAUUUAAGAAGCUGGAAGACAUGGAAAACUCUGUGAAAUGCUCAUUUAUUGAGCUGUACAACGAAGAGCUACGAGACCUUCUCUCCUCAGAGGAUGGUACAAAGCUCAAAAUAUAUGAUGACGCCGCAAAAAAGGGGAAUCACAGCACGCUGGUGCAAGGCCUGGGUGAGACUUACAUCCAGUCAGCUUCUGAAGGCAUCAAGUUGCUUCAAGAAGGCAGCUACAAACGCCAAGUAGCGGCUACAAAAUGUAAUGAUCUCAGUUCCCGGAGCCACACGGUAUUUACCAUUACAGCAUUCGUGAAAAGGAAGACAGAAGAGGGCGUCGAAUACAUCAGCAGCGGCAAACUAAAUCUAGUCGACUUGGCUGGAAGUGAGAACAUUCAGAGGAGCGGCGCUGAAAACAAGAGAGCAGCUGAGGCGGGUUUAAUCAACAAAAGCUUGCUCACCCUUGGAAGGGUGAUCAAUGCCCUCGUAGACGGAAGCCCUCAUAUUCCAUACAGAGAAUCCAAACUCACCAGGUUAUUACAAGAUUCCCUGGGUGGUCGUACAAAAACGUGCAUUAUCGCAACAGUCUCCCCUGCAAGAAGCAACCUCGAGGAAACUGUAUCCACGUUAGAUUAUGCUUUCCGCGCAAAGAAUAUUCGUAACAAGCCCCAGAUCAACUCCACUAUCUCCAAGAAAACCAUGCUUCGAGAAUUUACAACGGAGAUUGAGAAACUAAAGACUGAGCUAAUCGCGACACGACAACGCAAUGGGGUUUACCUUUCUCCUAGUGCAUAUGAGGAAAUGACAAUCGAAAGCGAGUCGCGUCGAAUACUCUCUGAAGAGCAAAGAGCGAAGAUCGAGACCAUGGAAGCAAACCUGAAAAAUAAACUUCAAGAGCUCUUUUCCUUGACUAGCAACUUUAAUGAAGUGAAGAAGGAUAACGAGUCAACAAAACUUUCACUAGAACGAACAGAGGAUCUCUUGGAGAAAACAGACCUUGUGCUCAGACACACCAAAAGAAGCUUGGAGGAGGAAUCCUUGCUGCGAAGGGCUCAUGAAGAUACAGAAGAAGAGCUGCACGAAAUUGGCACUUGUCUGAUAUCAACAUUGGGCAAGUCAGUCUCCGAUGUGAACGGAUUACAUUCCAAGCUUCGACGCCGCUCGGAUCUUCACUCUCUGAACCGGGAAUUGUGGCUGUCUUCUACAUUAGAAGUGUUGGAUUUUUCGAAAAUCGUGGAUGAUAGAAUAGCAGCAUUCCAACGCCAACAAUCCAAACUGCUCCAAGAUUUUUCAGUAAGGAUGGAAAGCUUCGUCACGAAGGAGUUAGACCGAGUCGAGACCUGUCGUUCGCGUAUUUCGGAUGCGGAAGUAUCAUUUGGUAACAUCGAAAUGGAAACUAAAGAGCACACGACUGAGUGCCGGGACGAAAUGAAUGAAGUGCUCGAGGAGAUCAAGGUGCUGCGUGAAGAUGUAAAACAGAAAGUUGUCGAGGGUCUGAGCGGACUCUCCACCGCCGCGGAACGCAUAUCGGGUGAAGUAAUAAAUGAAUUGGGCCAAUUCCAUACAAAGUUACAUUCAUCGUAUAUAACUCUGGGCGAGGAGUUUAAAUCCGUCAUUGACACAAUUGUCUGUGGUCUCCGUUCUCAAAAAGACGAUAUCCUGAAUCUUCGAAAGCAAGUCCAUGAAGCGAACAACCGAGCGGCCAAAGCAAGCGAAGAAGCCGCAUUAAAACUGCAGGCCACUCUGGAUGAAGAGCGCUCUGCUGUAAAAAUGGAUCGCGCAGCUCUGUUAUCCGAUAUCAAAACCCUCUUGGAUAAGUCAGGUGAAACUCAAGCGGUACGGCUCGAUACCAAAAUGAAUAAUUUUCGCUCACAUAUCGAAGCCUCUUAUGCCUCCUUCAAAGAGGCAGAUAUUAAGUUCGGUGAGAGCAUGGAUUACUUGGAGCUACAAGAGGACGAAAUUAUCUCCCAAGCCUUUGAAUCUGAGGCAGCCGUUAAACGGGCCAUCGACAGAGACUUGAAUGCUUUUGAUUCCCGAAAUAAAAAAAUCCAGGAGACAGCAAGAGCUGUAUAUCAAGAGACGGAGAAGAUUGUCAACACUCAGGUGGAAGGGAUUGUUACGCAAAUGCAAGCCUUGGAUGCUUUUGUUUUGAGAGCAAAAUUGCAAAACGAUUCUCACCACGACUCGCGGGUUAAUACCUUGGAGAGCCUUGGUAAAUGUAUUCGCCAUUCCUAUGCAGGCAUACAGGGCAGUGUAGAUGCCUUUGGUACCCAGGCUAAAGCCUUCCGUGAUGAUGUUCUCAACGACAACAAAGCUAUACAGGAGCCUAUUGACAAUCUCACUCGGGAUGUCAGGAAGCCUCUAGCGGACUUACAAUCAAACGUUCGAGCGAAAUCACUUAUGGAAUACACCAGCACUGGAGAGACCCCCCAGAAAUCGCAGUAUGAUUACCCAUCCACUCUCCCGCGAACCGAACCACAUGACGUCCUCAUCGCCAGAUUGAGAGGAGUCAAGGAACCUCGAGAUAUCGCAACGGUCGUUGAAGCCUCUCCAAGUUCGCCUUCUCUACGUAUCUGCUCACCGAUUACGUCUCCUACCAAGGCUAUGGUAUAUCAUGAUGGCGACGAGGUAGGGUUCAACAAUCCUCCCAAUGUGAACGCCAAGCCAACAUUUUCCUCGUCUGCGGGGCUUAGGGAGGUCGAUAUAAACGUCGCCGUGAAACCAACUUCUAGCGCUGGUGUCGUGCCACCUAACGAUUUCCCGUCGUCGGUCACAUCAAACCCAGAAGAAACAACAGGGGAUGUGACAUGCAAGGACCCUAUGCCCCGGCCAUCAAAGAGACGUAUUACCUCUUCGCCUGUCACUACAUCUGGUUUUACUAUUAGAGAUAGCAAAUUGCCCCAAAAGAUAGGGGCUUGGAGGAACCCUACCCCUAACAGUCUGGGGUUGAUUAUGGAAGGAAGCGAAAACAUCCCCUUGCUACAACUCGAGAACCAGCUGAUGAAGGGUACAAGGCUUAGCACUCGCCAUCCGUAA